UGGCCCCAAGGCUGGGGCCCUAGUGGGCGGAGGCAGAGGGGGAGCCAGGGGCGGGGAAAGAAGUCUGGGAGUGAGAGAAUGAGGCAGGGUAGCCGGGAAGGCGGCUAGUUGCGGAGGAGUUGAGCCAGCCGAGGGGCUCCCGCUGUGCCAGGCGGGCAGUGCCAAAUCCCAGGAGCCCAGAGGUGGGGGGAGGGCCGGGGACAACCCGGCCCUGCCCCCUUCCCUAGCGAGGUGCCCAUCAACUUCGGAAGAAAGUUUGGCAUCAAUCUCAGCCGUUGGUGUCUUGAGGAUGGGCAGGGUCCCGCUGGCCUGGUACUUGGCGCUGUGCUGCUGGGGGUGUGCAGCCCCUAAGGACACACAGACGGAGAUUGACAGUCCAUUUGUGGGAAACCCAGGGAAUAUCACGGGAGCCAGAGGACUCAUGGGGAUGCUUCGGUGUGAGCUCCAGGUUCAAGGGGAACCCCCUGAGGUGGUGUGGCUUCGAGAUGGACAGAUCCUAGAACUGGCUGAUAACACCCAGACCCAGGUGCCUCUGGGCGAAGAUUGGCAAGACGAAUGGAAAGUUGUCAGUCAGCUCAGAAUCUCAGCCCUGCAACUUUCAGAUACAGGAGAGUACCAGUGUAUGGUGCACCUGGAAGGACGGACCUUUGUGUCUCAGCCUGGCUUCGUAGGGCUGGAAGGUCUCCCGUACUUCCUGGAGGAGCCUGAAGACAAAGCCGUGCCUGCCAACACCCCCUUCAACCUAAGCUGCCAGGCCCAGGGACCCCCGGAACCAGUGACCCUACUCUGGCUUCAAGAUGCUGUCCCCCUGGCGCCAGUCCCAGGAUACAGCUCUCAGCACAGUCUGCAAGCUCCAGGCCUGAACAAGACAUCUUCUUUCUCAUGUGAAGCCCACAAUGCCAAGGGAGUUACCACCUCCCGCACAGCAACUAUCACAGUGCUCCCCCAGAGGCCACACCAUCUCCACGUGGUUUCCAGACAGCCUACAGAGCUAGAGGUAGCUUGGACCCCUGGCUUGAGUGGUAUCUACCCGCUCACCCACUGCAACCUGCAGGCUGUGCUGUCAGACGAUGGUGUGGGUGUCCGGCUGGGAGAGUCAGAUCCUCCAGAAGAGCCCCUCACAUUGCAAGUAUCAGUGCCCCCCCACCAGCUUCGGCUGGAAAAGCUCCUUCCUCACACCCCAUAUCACAUCCGGGUAUCCUGCACCAGCAGCCAGGGCCCUUCACCUUGGACCCACUGGCUUCCUGUGGAGACCACAGAGGGAGUGCCCUUGGGUCCCCCUGAGAACGUUAGCGCCAUGCGGAAUGGGAGCCAGGUCCUCGUGCGUUGGCAGGAGCCAAGGGUGCCCCUGCAGGGCACCCUGUUAGGGUACCGGUUGGCAUAUCGAGGCCAGGACACCCCCGAGGUACUUAUGGAUAUAGGGCUAACUCGAGAGGUGACCUUGGAACUGCGGGGGGACAGGCCUGUGGCUAACCUGACUGUGUCUGUGACAGCCUAUACCUCGGCUGGGGAUGGGCCCUGGAGCCUUCCUGUGCCCCUAGAGCCCUGGCGCCCAGGGCAAGGACAGCCACUCCACCAUCUGGUGAGUGAACCCCCACCUCGCGCCUUCUCGUGGCCUUGGUGGUAUGUACUGCUGGGAGCACUUGUGGCCGCCGCCUGUGUCCUCAUCUUGGCCCUAUUCCUCGUCCAUCGGAGGAAGAAGGAGACUCGAUAUGGGGAGGUGUUUGAGCCAACCAUGGAAAGAGGUGAACUGGUAGUCAGGUACCGCGUCCGAAAGUCCUACAGCCGCCGGACCACCGAAGCCACCUUGAACAGUCUGGGCAUCAGUGAAGAGCUGAAGGAGAAACUACGAGACGUCAUGGUAGAUCGGCAUAAGGUGGCCUUGGGGAAGACCCUGGGAGAAGGAGAAUUUGGCGCUGUGAUGGAGGGCCAGCUCAACCAGGAUGACUCCAUCCUCAAGGUUGCUGUGAAGACGAUGAAAAUUGCCAUCUGUACAAGAUCAGAACUGGAGGAUUUCCUGAGUGAAGCUGUCUGCAUGAAGGAAUUUGACCACCCCAACGUCAUGAGGCUCAUUGGCGUCUGUUUCCAGGGCUCUGACCGAGAGGGUUUCCCAGAACCUGUGGUCAUCUUGCCUUUCAUGAAGCACGGAGACCUACACAGUUUCCUCCUGUACUCCCGGCUCGGGGACCAGCCAGUGUUCCUGCCCACUCAGAUGCUAGUGAAGUUCAUGGCUGACAUUGCCAGUGGUAUGGAGUACCUGAGUACCAAGAGAUUCAUACACCGGGACCUAGCUGCCAGGAAUUGCAUGCUGAAUGAGAACAUGUCCGUGUGUGUGGCAGACUUUGGGCUCUCCAAGAAGAUCUACAAUGGGGAUUACUACCGCCAAGGGCGCAUUGCCAAGAUGCCGGUCAAGUGGAUUGCUAUCGAGAGUUUGGCAGAUCGAGUCUACACCAGCAAGAGUGACGUGUGGUCCUUCGGUGUGACAAUGUGGGAGAUCGCCACUCGAGGCCAAACUCCCUAUCCAGGGGUGGAGAACAGUGAGAUUUACGACUACCUUCGUCAAGGAAAUCGCCUGAAACAGCCUGUGGACUGUCUGGAUGGCCUGUAUGCCCUGAUGUCCAGGUGCUGGGAGCUGAACCCUCGAGACCGGCCAAGUUUUGCAGAGCUCCGGGAAGACUUGGAGAACACAUUGAAGGCUCUGCCCCCUGCUCAGGAGCCUGAUGAAAUCCUCUAUGUCAACAUGGAUGAGGGCAGAAGCCACCUUGAACCCCGUGGUGCUGCUGGAGGAGCUGACCCCCCCACCCAACCUGAUCCUAAGGAUUCCUGUAGCUGUCUCACUGCAGCUGAUGUCCACUCAGCUGGGCGCUAUGUCCUUUGUCCUUCUACAGCCCCGGGACCCACUCUGUCUGCUGACAGAGGCUGCCCUGCACCUCCAGGGCAGGAGGACGGAGCCUGAGACAAUCUCCCACCUGGGGACACCCUCUCAGGACCCAAGCUAGGCACUGCCACUGGGGGAAGAGCUCACCCCCAUUCUGCCACUCCAGGCCUUCUCCCCAGCUGCAGAAUGGCCUUCCCUCCCUUCUCAGAUUCAGUCCAGAAAGCUGUGUCCUGCUUUUCAUGCCUUAUACACUCUAUCCAUAACAAGAAGGGUUGGGCUGCAGUCUCAAGGGAUGGUCUCACAUCUUCCAUCCCAGCAUUCUAGAUUUUAAGGUUGGAGUUUAGAGUUCAAAGUUCUCAAAGAUGAUGAGUCUUUGAUUGUAUGGAGCUAAGAUGCUUGUUUCUAGGUCUGGAAUGCUGUUGCUGUAGACAGGCCCACUGUUCAAGAUUCUAUGGCUCUAGAGUUUUCUGGUUCUAUAAUUCUUGGCAGUGCUCCCGUGGUUUUAGGUUGCAUGGCUCUGAGAUUCCAGGAUCUAAGGUUUAAGGAUUCUAGACUUUAUUUUUCUGGAACCAGGGAUCCUGUCAGUGGAAGAGUGUAGAUUUUUAAAUUCUAAAGAUCCUAGGCAUGAAGUUUCUAAGGCAUACUGUUUCUCCACUUUAACAGUUUAAGGCUCACGUUGGAAUACUCCAGAUCAGAAUGUUUCAGACUUUUAUUUUUUUAAUUUCUAAGAUUCCAGUGAUGAUCAACUACAGUUUCUGAGGCCUUAUGAUCAUAGAUUCUUUUAUAUAAAAUCCUGUAUCUUAAGGAAAUAUGAUUCUAGACUCUGAAAUUCAAAAGCUUUAAGAGUCUCCAGACGGAGUUUCUAAGCUAUGAUGUGAUGAUAAUCUAAAAUUUGGUCCAAGGUUCUAGGUUCUUAAGCUUCCACAUCAUAUGCUCCCAAGACUCCAGAUUAUUAAACUCUAAAACUCUAACAUUGGCCUGAUCUUUGUCUCAGGCACUGUAAGAGGCCGUGGGUCCAAGACAAUGGGCCCUCAGCAUCUAAGUCCUAAGAGGCUCACAGUUAUGACUAACGAAACACCAACGUUCUAACCAUCUCUAAUGCUGGACACCGCUAGGUUCUAUGCUGCUUUUUUCCUUUCUAGCACAUAAUUAAAUGUCCAAGAAUACAUAUGUCUAAAAAUCUUAAACUAAGCACUAUAACUUAAGAAUCCAAUGUUUUGAGUGUCUAAGAUUCUAAAGGCUCACAAGUCUAGAGUAUGAGGUACGAUUCCAAGGAUGGAAGCUUGUAGCCAUCCUAAGCCCCUUCCCUCCUUAGGCACCUAUGCUUCUUCCUCUCCUCGUGUGGGGUGCACCCCCACCUUAAGCCUGUGCAAUGCAUUGGGAGUGCCUCCUUUCCUCCAAGGGAUGGGUCAUCUCCCCUCCUUUUGGGCCAUGUUGCCCCUUGAGCCAGUCCCUCGUGCCUGUUCUGAAGUGUGGACGCUGGUGCCUCCGGAGAGGCUCAGAUCACAUAAAACUUUUGUCAGUCACUA